UGAAAUAAGACGAUUUCAUUAUUUUGUUAUAACUGAUCGAACGAUACUAAAUCUUUCUAAUCUCUCUGAAAUCAAACGAGAGAGAGAGAGAGAAGAAAGAGAGAGAGAGAGAAAGAAAGAAAGAUUGAUAUUAGAAGAAAUAAAAAUUGGAUGAUGCCAGGUGAGAUUGACAAGGACGUGCGAAGAAGGGUGAGGCACUGUGAUUAUCGUGCGAGUUGCCCGAUAAAGGAUCAUUUGAUAACGAGAUUAAAAAACAACGAUGAAUUGAUAAGAGGACGAUCAAGGAGUAUCGUCGGUAGUGUUGUCGUCGUUAGUGCCGCACCGAUCGAUUUGAUUAACGACGCCGGUGUUAGAGCUGAGAGAUCGGCAAAUCUCUCGCACAUUACUGGAGCAUCGAGGAAGAUACAGAUGUACAUUAAGAAUCGGCAUCUACAGAUCCUGCCUGACGGCACGGUUAACGGCUCCAAUGACGACACUUCCGAUUACACUAUUUUUCAAAGGACUUCGGUGUCGAGAGGUCAACUGAGGAUCCAGGGUGUUGCGACUUGCCUUUACCUCUGCAUGGAUUCCUGCGGUCUGCUUUAUGGCUCGAGAGAAUAUACGGAGGACUGCGUGUUCAACGAGACGUUGGAACAGCACAACUACAACACGUACAGCUCGGUGAGAUGGUCGACCGGAAAAAAGACACUUUACCUCGGAUUAAAUCGUCGUGGACAACCUAGGAGGGUACAAGCUAAGGGUCAUACACUUGGAAGAUUGUCGGCAUACGCGAGGGUGUUAACGCAAGUGGCACCUCCCGAUCGAGUCGAGGCCCUGCAAAGGAGAAUGUUAGGCGCCGAACACAAUGUACGUCAUCGGCACGGUAGCCAUUCUCAUCGGCAGCAACAUCGACAUCACCAGGAACAACAGCAACAACAACAACAACAACAACAACAACAGCAGCAGCAGCAGCAUCAACAUCAUCAGGGAGAGCUCAGUCAACAACAACAACAACAGCAACAACAGCAGCAGCAGCAGCAUCAGCAGUAUCAUCAACAUCAGCAGAAUCAGCAACACCAACAGAAUCAGCAACAGCAGCAACAACAGCAACAACAACAGCAACAACAGUUGCAAACGAUUUGUCCCAAUCUCCCGGCCCAAGAGAAGGACGGUAGAGAUAGGUUUAGAUGUCGCAAACGCAAAAAACGAAAGAAGAGAAAACGUCGGUGCAGACCCGGGGAGAAAGUCGGUCCGCAAUGUCAAAUGCCGGAAGAAAAGGACGGAUCGUCCGUCUCCGGGAUGACAUUGAGCGCGGAGACUUCCUCUCCUGAAUCUAAGAGAUCGUGCGAGGGUGCUGCCAGCGAGGAGGCAUGUAAGAGAGAGGCAUUAUCCUCUACAUCGAGAAAGAGAAAAUUGCGGAUAGGAGAUGGUACCUUGUUGGAGUUGCAUACGGAAGAUACGUCUACGAGAAGUACGAUGACUAGCAGCAGCAUCACCGAGGCGACCUUGACGACUGAGGAGGAUGUGCCAUUGGAUAUGCCAGCGGCAGUUUCUAGCAACAGCAACGUCAACAACAGCAACAUCAUUGCCACCGCCACCGCCACCACUACCAACAACAACAACAACAACAACAGCAGCAGCAGCAGCAGCAGCAGCAACAACAACAACAACAACAACAACGCCACCCACGAGGAGAAGGACGAGGGGGAGGACGAGGACGAGGAUGAGGAUGAGGAGGAGGUGGAGCUCCUAACCACGACUAGGAGCAUCGGUAAGAACCUUGAAAAAGCAACGUCAAAAAAGACAAACGUCGCCGGCACCAUUAGUCAAAGUAAAAAGCCUGAUUUGCUGGACGGUAAGAAGAGGAAGAUGAAGAAGAGAAAGAAAAAAAGGAAGAAGGGGAAGAGGGGUCCCGCUUGGCCGAGAAGGAGGAGCCCGUUAGCCAGGAAGAAGUCCGAGAGCGUGAAGCGGACGGACGAGGAGGAGGCAGGGGCUGCGGCGGAGGAUGCGGAGGAGGAUGCGGGGGAAGGGGAUGCGGAAGGGGAGGAGGGAGGAGGGGAGGAGGAGGAGAUAGGAGAGGAGGAAGAGGAGACGGAGGAGGAGGCGAUGGAGGAGAAGAGGAAGAAGAAGAAAAAGAAGAAGAAGUUCGCGAAGGAGGAGAGAAGGGGAGAGGUUGCGGUGGGGGUGGAGGAAAGGAGGGAUUUGAAGAAAAAGAGGAGGAAGGAGGAAAGGGAAAGGGUGGAACGAGUGGAGGAGAUAGAGGAGGAGGAAGAGAAGAAAAAGAAGAAGAAGAAGAAGGAGGAGGUGGUGAAAAGGGAGGAGGAAAUGAAGGAUAUAGUCAGCAGGAUCAGCGAACCAGUCGGGGAAAUACCCUUGAUAUCAACGACGAUCUCCUCGCUCUCCUUAUCCUCUUAUUCCUCAGCCUUGUCCUCGAACCGUUCCUCUUACUUCGACGUUGGUUCACGUGGCUCGUCCCAAAAACGAAAGAAGACACCGAAGAGCACGAACUCUCGAACGACAACGGCGUCGGCGUCGGCGUCGAUGUCGGCGUCGGCGUUGACGUUGCCGAGGAGGAGGAACGCGGCGUCCUCCUCCUCUUCUUCUCAGAAACAAUUGCGUCAUGGCGUACGACGAAACGCCGGCGGUACAUUAUUGUCCUCCUCGUCGGCGAGGAAUCCAAGAAAGUUAAAGGGAUUUAUUGCCUCGUCAGAUUCGCGUCGAUCUACGGCGAUCCUUAAUCCGAAGGAGAGGUCGGAGGAUACCGAUCGAGAUUCGUCCAAGGACGUCGUCUUCGACUCAUUAACAACGUCGUCGUCGUCGUCGUCGUCGUCGUCGUCGUCGCCGCCGCCAUCAUCUUGA